GCUGCGCCAUCAGCAGCACUGUCACGCGUCACAGGUCCGUCGGCCUGGUACGCCUUCUCACUACCUCUCUUUCUGCCUUUUCUGACAUCGCGACGACUGGCGCAGCAACAGCAAAGUCCCGUUUGUAUGAGCCACGCGAAGAUGGCGAAUGCACUUGCUGUCCACAUGAACCCGAAAAAGGUUGCUCCUAUGCUUGAGCGGAUGUUGAGUUCGGACACGCCGCUGAUGACAUUACGGAAGAUGACGGCCAUUACGGUUGCGAUGAUGGAAGCCACGGUGACGAAGAGGGCAUUUAGAAAAGUGAGGAUAGCGAUGGGAAGGGUGGCCCAGCGGGAGAAGACGCUGAUGGGCAUGAGAAACAUGAGGACGAAGGUGAGGCAUGCGGAGGAUGUCGUUGAUGUUGGCGGGCAAGUUGACUAUCCAGUCGCGUUAGAACACCAGCCUAGCAAAGGGACAUAUGGGGAAAGACGUACUCGAGGCUCCAGCGAACAAUUCAUUUCGCAAUAUUUCAACUGGGUUGAACCAGUACAAUACUUGUGGUGGCGAGCAUCGUGUAGACCCAAUGUUUGCGCAAUGGUAUUGAGGAGGGCAAAGUUGGGUACAGAAGCAGGGAUGAUGUUGCUGACAUCGAUCUUGAUGAAAUGCCAAUCCCGGAUGAGGUGGCUGUUGUAGGUGCCGGAGAUUUCGACAAGUAUAAGGAAGAUGAGCGUGAUGAAGAGGAAGAAAGAGCAGAGACAGGCGAAUAUCAAUCGCUUUCGGGUCGCACGCUUGAUUUGGACUUUGGUGAGAUCGCUUUCAGGGGUCGCUGAUGCACUUGGCUCAUCGGGGCGGGUACGGCGAAAGAAGCCCAUCGUGAAGGUGUGAAGGUAUGAUAGAGGCGGAUGGGAGAGGUGAGGGGGCUUCGAGAUAAUAAGCAAAAAGAAAGUCAGUAAUGAUGCUAAUGAGAGAAAUAACGAAGAUUCCGUCGUCUUCACGACGUGAAUUGGGUUUGGUGACGCGGCACCCUUGACCUGCUUGCUGAAGUUUUUAUGGGCCG